UAAUCCGUUUUAGUUUUCGCGAAACAGAUGGUCGGAAAAAUGAUUACAGCGAGACGCGACGAAGAGACAACGGCGACAUGAUAUUUUCGAAAUUCGCCGCCGCGGUCGUCUGUAGCUCACUCUCCGGCGAUGCACAGAAUAAUAUGCGUCACGCCGCACGUAUUUAGUCGUCCGAAUCGAUAAACCGGGUACAAUACGCGUCCCGGGGUCGGGACGUUUCGAAGUUAAAUAUUGGUUCACGUGCCCCGAGGAAUACCGCUUUUGAAUGGAUGAUAUGCAAAACUUUUUAUUAAAAUGUUGACGGUCACGUAUUGUAUACGACGUGGUGAACACGGUACGGACGGUCAGAUGGUUAUACGAGGGCUUGGAAGAAAGUCGGCACCGUCGGUCCGUCUGGCACCGGCGGACAGUUGGUCAAGUUGGACUCGGUGGUGUGGGCCGGCGGUAAAAUGGUGCCGGCCGUCGGUCUGGGCAGACGGGCCGUGUACAGGGUGGUCACCGCCAUCGGACCGCCGUUCGUCAUGCACGCGCCCCUGCAACAGGAUCGCCAGUGUCUACGCGGCAUACUAUGUUACCAGAUGACGACGAGCAGCAAGGACAACAUAACGAUGAUAUUCAAGGACGUCAAGUUGGACGCAAACAAAAAGUUGUUGCCGGAGACCUAUUGCUGUUUUGGGUUAUCCAUAGACCUGCUGGAAAAGAUGUCGAAAGACUUGGAAUUCGAUUUCCACUUGUACUUGGUCGCUGACGGCACGUUCGGAUCCCGGAAACUCCAGUGGAACGGAGUAGUUGGUGAACUUGUUUCCGGUACCGCACACAUGGCAUUUUGUCCGCUAAGCGUCACGUCUACGAGAUCGAAGUUUGUAGACUUUUCUACGCCUUAUUUCUACAGUGGCGUUUCCUUGAUGGUCGCCCCGAAGAGAAAGACCAACGUGCCACUGCUCGCGUUUCUGUUACCACUGAGCCCAAACUUGUGGAUCGCUAUAUUUGUGUCGCUUCACGUGACAACAGUGGCAGUAGCGUUGUACGAAUGGUUCAGCCCAUUCGGGUUGAAUCCCUCUGGCAGGCAGAGAUCCAAGAACUUCGGUAUGCCCUCGGCGUUGUGGGCGAUGUGGGGACUGCUCUGCGGCGCUCUCGUCAACUUUAAAGCACCAAAAUCGUGGCCAAACAAAUUUUUAAUUAAUGUAUGGGGCGGGUUUUGCGUUAUAUUCGUGGCUAGUUACACUGCCAACAUCGCAGCUCUAAUUGCAUCGCUUCUAUUUCAAAACGCCGAUGUGGAUUACAACGAUCGAAAUAUGUUCUUGAUGAAAGUCGGAUCGGCUAAAUCGUCGUCUGCAGAAGUUUAUUUGAAAGACAAGAAUCCUGCUCUAUGGCAACACGUUCAAAAAUAUUCAGUUCCCGACACGGCGUCGGGCAUGCGAAUGUUAAGAAAUGGUAGCUUGGACGUAUUUAUCGGUGACAAGCCCAUUUUGGACUAUUAUAGUGGGACCGAUCACGAUUGUAAGCUACAGCCAUACGGAGAUCCACUGUAUGACGACGUAUACGCAGUGGGAAUGACCAAAAACUUUAUCUUAAAGGAAAAGGUGUCUGCAGCUGUUUCGACAUAUAUCAACAACGGUUUCAUGGAUAUCCUACAAAACAAAUGGUUCAGUGAUUUACCUUGCGUCAACCGCGAACUGGAAACAUCGGACAUUGGGCAACCAACACCACUGGGCGUAGACGCAUUUUUAGGAGUUUUCCUCAUGUUGGGUUGUGGAAUACUAGCGGGCGCCGUUAUACUUUGCCUGGAACAUGCUUUUUAUCACUACGCAUUGCCCAAACUUCGGCAGAAGCCUCCAGAUUCAAUAUGGAGAAAUCAAAAUAUGAUGUUCGUCAGUCAAAAACUAUACAAGUUCAUAAAUAGCGUAGAACUAAUAUCGCCUCAACACACGGCCAAAGAACUAGUGCACACUCUACGACAAGGCCAAAUCGCCUCGCUGUUUCAAAAAAGCGUACGGCGAGUGAGUUUGCCUUUUAUGCAUCCGCAACACGCACAGAAAGAAUUUGAGCGUAGGAAACGGAAAGGUCAAUUCUUCGAAGUCAUCGAAGAGAUCCGAAGAAUACAAAGAGAAGAGAGGGACAAUAAAAAACAAAACGUCAGAUUGACACUAUCGAACUCUCCGACCGCAGGACAGUCUCCGAAACGAACGACGGCGAAAUUUUUGUCGCCGGCUAGGUUGAGCCUGGGCAGACGUUACAGCAAGCAAAGGUCCCGGAGCUCGGGGAACUUGAGCAUCCGCCGGUACAGCACAGACGUGGCUAGUUAUUCGGAGACCGUAGGCCGACGACUGAGCCAGGGGGCGUCUAACAGCCCACCGGACUUCAACACGCGAAAACAACUGAUCAGACGGUCGUCGGGAAACCCCAGCCCGGCGGACUCCAGCAGGAUGAGCAUAUUUUCCGCAUCCGAACUGAUCGGGGCAAAACUCAGCAACAACAAUUUGUACGUGGAAAACGAUCUACCACGCAGCCCCAACCUCCUGUCUCCUGGUGUAUUUUUUAGGUCGAGUUUUUCGUCGGACACGUCGUCGUCGCGACCCGACUUGGGCAUACAAUCGCGGAAGUCGAGUUACUCGCAGGGACCGCCCCGGGUGGUGAUCAACGGCGAACAGCAGCCGACCACCCGUCGCAAGUCGGACGACGAGCCGCCGGCCACGCUGCCGCGGAUCGUGGAGGUGAAGCGGGCCCGCCGGUCCAGCGACGGGCACCGGCCGACCAAGAACCGCAAGACCGUGGAGGUGUUCCGGUGGCUGAGGCAAGCGCCCAAAACGGAGCUGGAGGCGCUGAGCAAGAUGUCCGAGGACGAGAUCAAGCACUGCAUAAUCCAAGCGCUCAAGGACAAGGACCCAACUUGAUUGCAAGUCGACGGCGCCGGUGGUGGGGGCUGCGACGACGGCGACGACGACGACUACGACGCCGAAGACGCAGUCCCGUCGCAGUUCGCGUAACGCGGUCGCCGUCUCGACUCGCGGUGCAGCCGCAGCUGCAGCUGCAGCGGCGUCUAAUGAUUGUUAUGGUACAUCGAUCGCAUACAAGGUGCCAUGUAAAUGAUUGUGAUGAACGAAGAAAAAAAAAAUGCGCUCAUUGUUUUUGUUAUUACCUACAUAAUGUUAUGUUUCUCUCUACGUCUGUAUUUGUUUCCUCCGAUAAUAAUAAUAUUAUUGUGUAUAAUCAUCGAUAGUAUAAAAAUAACAAUAAUGUAUUUUACAUUUAAAUGUUUAAUAUUUACAAUAUUAUACGGUAAAAGAAGACUGUCUGGCCGGAUAUUCACGACAAGCUCGUGGUCGUCAUGUAAAUGAUUAUUAGGUAAAUCGAUGC